AUGUUACAUGUUGCUGAGUCACUCAGUUGUCUACCCAACUUGCAUACAUUGGAUCUUGUUCGCAGUGACCUGGGUGGUACAGCAGUGUCAUGGGCCAAGCAGUUGGGGCAGUUCAAGGCACUGCAGGACCUGGACUUGAGUGACUGCAAAUUGAAUGGACAGGACAUGAUACAUGUUGCUGAGUCACUCAGUGGUCUACCCAACUUGGUUAGAUUGAAGCUUUCUUGGAAUGACCUGGGUGGUAGAGUAGCAUUAUUGUGCAAGCAUUUGGGGCAAUACAAGGCACUGAAGAAUCUGGCCUUGAACAGAUGCAAAUUGAAUGGACAGGACAUGGUACAUGUUGCCGAGUCACUCAGGGUUCUACCCAACUUGGCUGCUUUGGAACUUUCUCACAAUGACCUGUGUGGUACAGUUGCAGCAUUUUGUGCAGAGAUAAAGAAGUUCGAGGCCCUGAAUCAUCUGGUGCUCAUUGGCUGUAAGGUGACAGAGGAAGAGAAAAGGCACAUCUAUGAAUUAUUGGCAGAGACCAAUGUGGUGCAUCGCUCCAGUCUCAUCAACCAUCAGGUGACAUGUCAGAGAAUCAACCCAGUACAUCACAGACACCAGGACGUGGUACAUGUUGCUGAGUCACUCAGUGGUUUACCAGACUUGUUUACAUUGAAUUUUUCUGGGAGUGACCUGGGUGGUACAGCAGAAUCAUUGUGCAAGCAGCUGGGGCAGUGCAAGGCACUGCAGGACCUGGACUUGAGUGGCUGCAAAUUGAAUGGACAGGACAUGGUACAUGUUGCUGAGUUACUCAGGGGUCUACCCAACUUGGCUAUUUUGAGUCUUUCUUGCAGUAACCUGGGUGGUACAGCAGCAUUAUGGUGCAAGCAGUUGGGGCAGCGCAAGGCACUGCAGGACCUGGAUUUGAGUGUCUGCAAAUUGAAUGGACAGGACAUGGUACAUGUUGCUGAGUCACUCUGUGGUUUACCAAACUUGUUUGCAUUGAAUUUUUCUGGGAGUGACCUGGGUGGUACAGCAGCAUUAUGGUGCAAGCAGCUGGGGCAGUGCAAGGAACUGCAGGACCUGGACUUGAAUGGCUGCAAAUUGAAUGGACAGGACAUGGUACAUGUUGUUGAGUCACUCAGGGGUCUACCCAACUUGGCUACAUUGGACCUUUCUUUUAAUAUCCUUGGUGGUACAGCAGCAUUAUGGUGCAAGCAGUUGGGGCAGUGCAAGGCACUGGAGGACCUGGACUUGAGUGACUGCUCAUUGAAUGGACAGGACAUGGUACAUGUUGUUGAGUUACUCAGGGGUCUACCCAACUUGGUUAGAUUGAAUCUUUCUGGCACUGACCUGGGUGGUACAGCAGAAUCAUUGUGCAAGCAGCUGGGGCAGUGCAAGGCACUGCAGCACCUGGACUUGAGUGUCUGCUCAUUGAAUGGACAGGACGUGGUACAUGUUGUUGAGUCACUCAGGGGUCUACCCAACUUGGUUGGAUUGAAUCUUUUUGAGAAUGACGUGGCUAGUAAAGCAGCAUUGUUUUGUGCAGAGUUAAAGAAGUUCAAGGCCCUCAAGUAUCUGAAGCUCGGGGACCUUGAGCUCUUUUGUGAGUAUUUGCAUUUCUGAAAAGAACCAGUGGUACUCGACGUUUGGAGCAGUAUGCUCUGCUUGUCAUCAGGAGAAGCUGUUUUCUUCUGCUUCAUAGAUAACAGUCCAAAUGAGUUUAUUAGACUAGAUGUUUGGUCAGUUGUAUUAAUGCUUUAAUCCUGUAACCAACCAACUCCAUCAGAAUCUAGUUUUGGAGGAUUUUGAUAGACUUGGACCUUGAGGUCCAAAGCACCGCAACCGCAUUCAGUGCAUUUCACAGUGGCAACAGUACUAACGGUCCGUAAUGGGUCCAUCAACAAAUGACACACACAUCAGUGGCAGGCUUGCUGUAGAUUUUGCAGGCAUUGUUGGAUUUUGAUGGAUUUAGUCUAGUGCCUAGUAAAAGACACUGUGGAGUUGGGGUUAAAAAAUAAUGCAAUCAGACAUACAUCAAUGACCACACUGCAAGCCUUUGAACUUCUACGCUUGUAAAUGUAUAAGCACGUUCUGAAAUUCCUUCCAUCCUUGGUUUAUGAACAGGGGCCAAAUUUCACAGAGCUGCUUAAGCACAGAAUCUGCUUAAGCACGAAAAAAACCUUGCUUCAUAAACAACGGCCACCAGCUCAAACUCUUAUGCGAUUGUCAUGCCGACCAAAAGACAGGUACAUGUAAAAUACCAUUCCAAAACAAUAUACAUCAAAAGAUGUUUGGGCUGCCAACCUGAUUUGUCAAGCAAGGUUUUUUCAUGCUUAAAUUUUUCACCCCAGGUUUUUCGUAAAACGAACUACUCUCUGUUUUGCACUGCUGUUGAUAUCUUCUGAAAUACAAAGUUAGAUUUUUGUUAUUGUGAGGUACACUUCUAAUUUUUGAGCUGCAGGAUCAAGUGAAUUUUGUAUUCUGUCCUUGUAACAGAGUAACCUAGUUGUUAAUAAAAUAAUUUUGAGAUCUGUAAUAUUCCCAGA